AUGGUGGAUAACUCAAGACGAGACCGAUCCCGAACACGGAUCCGGAAGACAUCCGAGAUUUGUGCUCAGUGCCGCAACCGCAAGUCGGGAGCGUCAACGUUGUCGCUGGAGUUAGGGAUUGACAGACUUGUCGUCAAGCAACAUAUAGAUACCUUUUUCGAGUUCAUCUACCCAAUUCCCUGUUAUGGGUUCCUUCAUCGAGCGAGUCUCCUCCAAGCCUGGUCCAGGGGCCAUCUCAGCCCGCUGGUCCUACGUGCCAUCUGCGGCCUCACCGCGCGCUUCAUCCACCCGAACGACGCAAAACAUGCAACCCUUGCGCGUAAAUGGAUCCAAGAGACCGAGUCUGAGCUCUUAUCUCGGCUUUCUCAGCCAAGAGUGUCCGAUAUUGAAGCCUGGCUGCUUGUCACGUUUGACCAGUACCUCUCGCGACAGUUCAGCAAGAUGCUCGUCUCUAUGUCUCUGACCUCUCGGCUUGCCUAUAUCCUCCGUCUCAAUCACGAGAAUGAUCGGCCAUCAUUCCUUCAACAAGAAAGACACAGGAGGUUGAUGUGGUCCAUCUUCACGACAGACACGCUGUAUUCUAGUGGCAAGACAGAAUUCACAUCUUGUACCACAGAGACCCUUCAUAUUCGGCUGCCCUGUAACGAAAAGUCGUUCUCGAUGGACAUGCCUGUUUCAACAGGGUUCUUGACCAGCGAUGCUGAUGCUUCCGGCGAGUCAAACAUUGGUCUGCUGGGCUAUUGCCUACGCGUGCUCGACAUUCGUGACCGUUGUCAGAGGCUCACGCUGAAGAUUAGCAAUCAUCGGAAACUCUCACAAGACUCAUUUACCGCCGUCCAAUCCAUCGAGGAUGAGCUUCAGCGAUUUAGCAUCUCACUCCCAGAGCGCUACAGAUUUGAUGCCAAGUCAUUCUCUUUACGAGCCUUCUCCCCAUCAAGAACUCCGUUCCUAAUGCUCCACGCUUGGUGGCAUCAAACGCACUGCGACCUCUUUCGUUUUACUAUUCCCGGGUUCCGAGAGGGUCUCCCCAUAGCCGAAAUCUCCCAACUAUCGCCAGAAUUCGCAACUUCUUGUCGCGAGAAAUGUCUGUCUCACGCCUUGUCCGUAUCAAGGAUCCUCGAGACGCCCAAGUUGGUUGGCGGGGCAGACUUGAUCAGCGAUCCGUCCCUCGCCAUGUGUGCUUUCCACUCGGCGAGGAUCAUCUCAAGACUGGGGCAGCAUCCGAUGGGCAACUUGCCACAAGAUGAGCUCGUUGCAAGGUUAUCCUCGUGUGCCGAUGCACUAGAAGAGCAAGCCGCGAUUUAUCCCACAUCUGCCAUCUUGAAGAAGGGCAUCAUGGAUCUCGUCAGUGAUGCUCAGCGAGAUCGGGAUGGACAAUUUGCGUGCUCGUCUAUCUGGGAGGAGGAAGAACGGGAGACUAAUCUUUCAGGGAGCUCUGCUAUACAGGGCGGAGAAACUAGACGAAGGGAGAUUUACUCAAAACACAGUGUCAGUGAGGUGGUUCAGAAUCUACAUUUCGAGCCUGGAGACGGCGAUGAAGACAGCACAAUUACUCAAGAGGUGGCAGUGACGAAUGAAUCCGGCUCUGCAUAUCUCGAGAACCGCCCUACCCUUAUGAACGUUCAGUUGAUGGAGGCUCAACAGCAAACGACUAUACCAGAGCUCUUCGAUGCAUCGAUACACGAUUUCGAUGGCUACCUAGGAGGUUCUUCGGGGUAUAACGACGAGUUUUCUGCUCUUGGGGCCGAUCCAAGACACGAUUCUGGACAGCCUGAUCUAUUUAUGGACUCGUUCUGGCCUUUGAUGGAGGGAGACUGGAUGCCUGGGCAGAUGUAG